GCGCGGCCGCCACGGGACUCCUGGCUGGGCCCGGCCACCCAAGAGUCGCCUUCCGCUCUCGGCUGCGGGCCUGCUGCUCCCAGCCCGCGGCGGCGGCGUUAGCGGGCGGCAUGCGUGUGUGAGAUGCGGCCGCGGGCAGUCCGGACGCGAGCAGCGGCCCCCGCGGCAGCGGCGAAGACAAGCGCGGCCUCCUCAGCGGCGGGCGCGCAGUGCAUGAAGGCGAGCACGAGGGCUCUGGGCAGCAGCCGGCCACGCCGCCUCCAUAAACACUUGUUUAGGACUCGUUCGCCCCGCUGAGGCCCCGGGUGCCCCGUUCAUGGAGGCCCCGUCCGACUCCGAAUCCCACGCUUCGGCCUCGGCCGCGGCGCCGUUGCGUGCCCCGGAGGUGGCGCGGCUCCGCGAGGAGCAGGAAAAGGUGGUCACUAACUGCCAAGAGAAAAUCCAGCAUUGGAAGAAGGUAGAUAAUGACUAUAAUGCCCUUCAAGAAAGACUCAGUACUUUACCUGAUAAGUUGUCUUAUAAUAUCAUGGUACCAUUUGGCCCCUUUGCCUUCAUGCCAGGAAAACUUGUUCAUACUAAUGAAGUCACUGUUUUACUUGGGGACAACUGGUUUGCAAAAUGCUCAGCAAAGCAGGCUGUAGGUUUAGUUGAACACCGGAAAGAACAUGUAAGAAAAACAAUAGAUGAUUUAAAAAAAGUGAUGAAAAAUUUUGAAUCCAGAGUUGAAUUCACAGAAGAUUUGCAGAAAAUGAGUGAUGCUGCAGGUGAUAUUGUUGAUAUAAGAGAAGAAAUUAAAAGUGACUUUGAGUUUAAAGCCAAACAACGAAUUGCUCAUAAACCUCAUUCCAAACCAAAAACUUCAAAUAUUUUUGAAGCAAAUUUUGCAAAUGAAGUAAAAUCUGAGAAUUUGCUUGCUGAUAAGGAACUGUGGGCUCGACUUGAAGAACUAGAGAGACAAGAAGAAUUGCUGGGUGAACUUGAUAGUAAGCCUGAUGCUGUGAUUGCAAAUGGAGAAGACACAACCUCUUCUGAAGAGGAGAAGGAAGAUCAAAACACAAAUGUGAAUGUGAUACAUCAAGAAACAAACUCCCUUACUCCCAGCAGUUAUCAUAAGGAUGUUACACAUUCAGAACAAUUCAAUGGACAAGUGAAUAGUCAGUUGAACUGUUCAGUAAAUGGUUCAAGUUCUUGUCACAGUAAUGAAGAAUAUGAUGAAGACAACAGUGAUGAUGGUUAUAAUGAAAAUGACCAUAAUGCUUUAGGGAUUGGAGAUAAUUCUGUACCAACAAUAUAUUUUUCUCAUACUGUUGAACCUAAGAGGGUUCGAAUAAAUACUGGAAAAAAUACCACUUUAAAAUUCAGUGAAAAGAAAGAAGAAGCCAAACGUAAACGAAAGAACAACGCUGGAAGUGGUCAUUCUGCUCAAGAGCUGCCUACAAUCAGGACUCCUGCUGACAUUUACAGAGUCUUUGUUGAUGUUGUGAACGGAGAAUAUGUUCCUCGUAAAUCUAUCCUGAAGUCUCGAAGCAGAGAAAAUAGUGUUUGUAGUGAUACCAGUGAAAGCAGUGCUGCUGAAUUUGAUGAUAGGCGGGGAGUUUUGAGGAGUAUUAGCUGUGAAGAAGCCACUUGUAGUGACACCAGUGAAAGCAUUUUAGAAGAAGACCCACAACAAGAAAAUCAUCAAAAGAAACUUUUGCCAUUAUCAGGAACAUCUGAGGCUUUUUCUGGAACUGUAAUAGAAAAAGAAUUUUUAUCCUCUUUAACACCACACCCAGCCAUUGCUCAUCCUGUACUACCCACCAUUCCGGAACGAAAAGAAAUUCUGUCAGAAGUAUCAGAAGAACCUGCAAAAAGGGUUUCAAAGUUCAAAGCUGCCAGAUUGCAACAGAAAAACUAGGAAAUGGGAGUUUACAUCCUAAAACCUAGUUGUGCAUUUUUAGAAUGUAUAAGCAAAAUAUGUUACAUGUAGUUUGAAAUAAGGUGUUUUGAGUUAGUUUGGUAGCAAGUUCUCUUAUCAGUGAUAUUACAAAAAUCAUAGUAAAUGUUUGAAUACAUUAACAUUCAGCUUGUUUUGUUAAUUCUCUGACUACUAAGUUGGCCUUACAAUUUUGAAUUAUUUUUCAAAGAACACAGUUCAUAUGCAUUGCUUUUGUGUUUUAAACUAAAUACAAGCAGUUUUGUACCAGCUGUGAUGUUGUGUGUACCAUAUGGACCAUUUAAAAGAAUCUUUUAAGAUAUCAAAUAGAUUCAACAAUUAUAUUACUUGCUUUUGCAUUUUAAAGGCACUUUAAAAAAAAUCUACUUCCCUUAUAGGUUUUGUAAGCUAGGUGGCUAUUUAAAAGAAAGAAAGAAAGAAAAACAAACAAACAAAAACCACUUCCCUUUGAAUGUCAUACUGUAAUCUUUAAGACAGAAAGCUACAUGUACCCCAUGGGAAAGUUUCUUUGACUGGAAGAAUGAUAUUUUGUAAAGUAUUUCUUUUCAAGUAAAAAUUUUAUGAAACUUGGUCUCUAAAAUGUUGCGAACUUUAUGAUUUAGAACUGAAUAUGGAAAUGUCUUUGAUUCAUAUGUGUAUAUACCACACAACAGAUUCUUGAAUUCUUAUAAUUCCAUAGGAACUACUUCUCCCCCUUCUGUAUAGUUUUCACUGGGAUUACCUUUGGGAGAGAAGGAAAGUUUGUCUAGAUGCUUUAAAAAAAAAAUGAAUGAAUGAAUGAAUUUUUCAAAUAAAAUUUUCUUAUGUUUUAA